AGUAGCGAGGCCUACGAAGUACAUCAGACGCAAAAUCUGUAGAAAUUGCUGUGGCGUCUUAACCUCAAUAUGUUCAAUGGAUGCAAGAGGUUCUGUGCAAGUGGCUUGAAGCUACCUGCACAGAUUGUGUCAUCGAGAUACACUGGUACGUUGUCCAAAACAGAAGCAAGGAAACAGAGAAAUCAGCUUUUUGAUGAGGAAAAGCGGAGACAACGAUCAGAAUUGGGUAGAAUCAAGAAGAUAGAAGUGAAAUAUAAAUCGGCAGAAGAAGAAAUUGUGAUGGCAAUGAAUCAGAACAUCUCUACACCGUACGACUGUGCUAGACACAUUUCUGAAAGUGUCGCCAAGAUGUCUGCUAUUGCCUUGGUGAAUAAUCAAGUUUGGGACAUGCACAAGCCAUUUACAGGCGACUGUGAGUUGCAACUGGUGACCAUGCAAAGCCCAUUGAUAAAAACAGUUAACUACGCCUUCUGGCGAACUUGCUCGUUUAUCCUGGGUGCCAUAGCAGAUUCUGCAUUCAAGGACAAUGUAAAUGUGCACUUGCACAGUUUUCCUGUGCCAAAUAUUACUUCCGGUAGCUUCAUUUACGAUGUAUUUAUUGAUCUGCCAGAUUGGCAGCCAACUGAUUCUGAAUUACGUGCUAUGUCUGCACUCUUUGUCAAAUUGAAGAAUCAGGAAUUGCUACUGGAAAGGUUGGAAGUGCCGUCUAGCGUUGCGCUGGAUAUGUUUCAGGAUAAUCCUUUCAAGUCCCAGCAAAUACCCAAUAUUGUCAAAAAGAGCGACAAUGAUAGAUUAACGUUGUAUCGUAUGGGAGAUCAUGUGGAUAUCAGCAAAGGUCCUAUGGUAAGCAAUAGCGACCUGAUAGGACGCGUUACUGUAUCGGCAAUACACAAACUCACAAAUGAGCCCGUGGAUGGUCUAUACCGCUUUCAAGGUAUUGCCCUACCUAAAGGUAUUCUGCUUAAUCAUUUCGCUUAUGGUAUCCUGGAAAAACGCGCUAAGAAAUUGAACACCACUACGUGGCAAUCUCAUGAAGUAGAGGACGAAGCAGUCAGCAUAACAGCGUCCAUGAAUUAAAAAUACUUAUUUCGUUAUUUAAGAAAGUUUUCCUGUAAAUAAAUAUAACA